AUGUUCAAGGACUCACGAGCCGCCGUUGAGGCGGAAGGAGUGUACAUUGGCGGGUGGUCGCUGAAGAAUGCUUUUGUUCCAAAGAAGCAUGCGGACCUGAACAAAGUCGAGCAGGUGAACUCAUUCAUCGAUUGGGACGAGAAAGAGGAGCGUCGAUUGGUCCGCAAACUGGAUCUCAGAGUCCUUCUACCAUGCUGUAUCUUCUACUUUCUGGCGUACCUUGGUAAGCAUGCACAAUUACCCCUGGGUUUCGCCGCAGUGCUCCAGGCCGACACCCCAGACAGCUUCCGAACGAGUCUCCACCUGCACGGCAUUGAGUUCAACUGGUCCAUUUCGAUCACUUACUUCAUGGUCACCCUCCUGCUCAUUCCCUCGAACCUUCUCCUGAAGAAACUAUCCGGCAAGAUCUACUUCCCGUGCGUCAUGGUCUGCUUCGGAGCAAUUGUUUGUGCAAUCGCAGCAGUGAACAAUCCGGCUGGCCUUCUGACCGCAAGAUUCUUUCUGGGGAUUCCGGAGUCUGGCGUGGUUCCUGCUUGUAUAAUGUACUUCAGCUUCUGGUACAAGCCUUCCGAACGAGCCUUGCGAAUUGGCCUGUUCCACGCUGCCAACUCCCUGGCGAGCGCUGUCGGUGCUUUCAUUGCAGUUGGUGUAGACAACCUCAACGGAGUGCAUGGCCUAUCGUCUUGGAGAUACCUGUUCAUAAUCGAAGGCGCAAUGGCGAUCGGCAUGGCUAUUCCGGUGUACUUCCUCCUUCUCACGUUUCCCGAAAACACCACGGCACUCAAUGAGCGCGAGAGACACAUUGCGAUCAACAGAUUUGGACGAGGUGCAACACGCUACACAGACGUCACUUGGGACACUCGGGUAUUCUUGGAGAUCUUUUCGAGACCGAGCACUUACGUCUUCUUCGUCUCGUACCUCUGCCUAUUGAUUGUGGCAGUCAGUCUUGGAACUUUCCUUCCUAUCAUUCUCAACACGUUCGCCGGGUUUUCUCCAUCUCAGUCAAAUGUAUACACAGCAGCGGUAUACUUUGUAAAGAUCCCUUGCUACUGGAUAUGGUCAUGGCAUGCGGAUCUCACGAGGGAGCGAAUGUGGCACUAUAUUCUUCCAGUAAUGGCUGCGAUCCCAUGCUAUGCCUUGUGGACGCAUGUCGGAGCUCAGCAGUCAUUCGGAGGCGUUUCUCCGCUCAGCUUGUAUGGCGUUGCGUUUCUCGGGGACCUUGUCAGUAUUGCACAGCCAGCUGCUCUAGCUUAUAGAUCAAGUACACUCUAUGGAGCAGCGGAACAAGCAGUCGGAGGCGCAUCUGCUAUUGCUGCGUUGAGCAUAUCCAGCAUCAUCGGACCUCAGAUCUACCCAGAGAAGGACGCGCCAUGGUACCUUCCUGGCUUCUCGGCGGCUUGUGCCACUCUCGCUUUUACCAUCAUCGGCUUUGCAAGCCUGCCGCUGUGGUUCCUCUGGGAGGCAAAGCGACGCAAGACGAAGACCGGUCAUGCAAUGCCCAAGCGGGCUUUGGAGGACGCGCUGCAUGCCCAGCUCUCGGAGGCUGCCGUUGAGCAGGAGAGGGAGUUUGCUGCCCACGAGGUGAAGCAGCCGCUCGACGAGGGACACCAUUUGGAGAAUGUGCAGCUGGACGAGCGCCAGGACAAGAAGUAA